AUGACAAGCUCGAGGUCCACAAUCUACGCAAGGCCUGGCUCUCGAGCCUAUUCGACGUCAGUAGCUGCUCGUCUCAACACCACAGGCGCUGCAAGGUCACCGACGACCAUGAGCAUCCUUGGCAAAGACUACCCCACGGACGACUACACCAACAUUCCAGCUUCCAUCUUAUCACGCCUGUCGCCCACGCCUACGCUUCCAUACACCAAGAAUCAUCCACUAGCGCUUCUGCGAGAUCAACUGGAAGCAUCAGUCGGCCCGCUCUACACGCCGAUCCACGCAACGUCCCCCGUGGUCUCUACCGAACUCAACUUCGAAGACCUGGGCAUUGCGGCCGAUCACCCAGGCAGAAGUCCGACGGACACUUACUAUGUGAACCGCACCACCUGCUUGCGCACCCAUACAUCGGCCCACGAAGUCGAGACAUUCCGCAACAAGCACGAACGAUGGUUGCUCACCGCCGACGUCUACCGUCGUGACGAGAUCGACGCUUCUCACUACCCCAUCUUCCAUCAGGUGGAAGGCGCUGCCAUCUUUGCGCACGAGGACUAUGCACCCGGAGGCAAGGUGGAGCAAGAAUGCGUCGAGAUGGAAGCAAAGCUCGCCAAGGCCAACUUCGAGAUCGAAGAUCAGGUCGGACUAUCGGAAGCGGGAGGGUACCAAAGCCACCACGAUCCUCGUGAAGCUGCGCUGGCAGUUCGGCACUUGAAAGCGACGCUCAACGGUCUCGCCUUGGAGCUGUUUGGCGAACGACACGCUUUUGAGACGGCGCAGAAAGGAGGAUCGGCGACGGAUCCCCUGCGUGUGCGUUGGAUCCCAGCGUUCUUCCCCUUCACAUCUCCCUCGUACGAGGUGGAAGUAUGGUUCCGAGGCAAGUGGCUGGAGAUCUUGGGGUGUGGAGUGGUGCAGCAAAGGACGUUGGACAAAGCGGGUGUACCAGAUCGCCUCGGAUGGGCUUUUGGAAUCGGCCUUGAGCGCAUUGCCAUGGUGCUCUACUCGAUUCCUGACAUUCGCCUCUUCUGGACACAAGAUUCCCGAUUCUUGGGCCAAUUCGCCAGCGCCAGCAGCAACAAAGUCUCGUCCGCCGGCGGCCAAUCCAAGACCGCGUCCACCUGCAAGCCAAAGCUCUUGACCUUCAAGCCGUAUUCCAAGUAUCCUCCAUGCUACAAGGACGUCUCCUUCUGGCUACCUCAGGAGCGCAAAUUCCACGAAAACGACCUCUUCGAGAUCGUCCGAGAUCGAGUUGGCGACCUGGUCGAGGACGUGGUCAAGAUCGACGACUUUGUGCACCCCAAGACCAAGAAGCAGAGCAUGUGCUAUCGCAUCAACUAUCGGUCAAUGGAUCGCUCGCUCGAGAACGACGAGGUCAACGAGCUGCAUUCGGAUGUCUUGGCCAGGUUGGUGGAUCAGCUCUCGAUCGAGAUCCGAUAA